AUGAAUCGUGCGAUUAUUAAACUUUUUUCAUCAUCAUCUCGUAUUCUACCAAGAAUUUAUGCAUCUACAACAACAUCGGCGACUACACCAACAGGACAUCAUGGUUCCGGAAAUGUUCAUCAUCAUGAUGAUCAUGGUCAUGACCAUCACCAUCAUGAACCAGAAUUAAGAAAAACACAAGCAUGGCGUCAUCAUUCAGGAAUUCAAUCGAAAUAUGAAAAUCAAGCAGAUGAUCCCAGUAUAACUUUCAUGGCAGGUAAACUGAAUCAUAUGAAGAUUAUGCAUGUUACUGAACGACCAAACUAUCAUGAUUAUCGUCCUUCUUUGGGACAAGUUUCGCUUUCUCUGCCUUAUCGAACACAAGUAUCUCUUCAUGAAAUGUGGCUUUAUCAUGCUGCUUUAAUCUUUUCUAUUUGGUUUUGGUUGUAUGUUUCAUGGCGUUUUAUUAAAGAACCGAAUUGGUUCUUCGGUCAUGCUCAUUAUCCUGAUAUGUCAAAAUUUACUGAUGAAGAAUUGGGUAUUCCACCAGAUGAUCUUGAUUAG